AUGGACCGGAAGGUGGCCCGAGAAUUCCGACACAAGGUCAGAGCUGAGAGGUACCCUGCGCGAUGGGCAACUGUGGAGUCCCUGGUCCGGGUGGAUUUUCUAAUUGAAAAUGACGCAGAGAAGGACUAUCUUUACGAUGUGCUGCGGAUGUAUCACCAGACCAUGGAUGUGGCCGUGCUCGUAGGAGACCUGAAAUUGGUCAUCAAUGAGCCCAACCGCCUGCCGCUGUUUGAUGCCAUCCGACCCCUAAUCCCACUCAAGCACCAGGUGGAGUAUGACCAGUUGACACCCCGGCGCUCCAGGAAACUGAAGGAGGUACGCUUGGACCGUCUGCACCCAGAAGGCCUCGGCCUCAGCGUGCGUGGAGGCCUGGAAUUCGGCUGUGGACUCUUCAUCUCUCACCUCAUCAAAGGUGGCCAGGCAGACAGCGUCGGGCUGCAGGUAGGGGAUGAGAUUGUCCGGAUCAACGGCUAUUCCAUCUCUUCCUGUACCCAUGAGGAGGUCAUCAACCUGAUCCGCACCAAGAAGACCGUGUCCAUCAAAGUGAGACACAUCGGCCUGAUCCCUGUGAAGAGCUCUCCUGAGGAGCCCCUCAAAUGGCAGUAUGUGGAUCAGUUCGUGUCGGAAUCUGGGGGUGUGCGAGGUGGCUUGGGCUCACCUGGCAAUCGAACAACCAAGGAGAAGAAGGUGUUUCUCAGUCUCGUAGGCUCUCGGGGCCUGGGCUGCAGCAUCUCCAGUGGCCCCAUCCAGAAGCCCGGCAUCUUCGUCAGCCACGUGAAGCCUGGCUCCCUGUCUGCAGAGGUGGGGUUAGAGACAGGAGACCAAAUUGUGGAAGUCAAUGGUAUCGACUUCACCAACCUGGACCACAAGGAGGCUGUGAAUAUCCUGAAGAGCAGCCGCAGCCUGACCAUCUCCAUUGUUGCUGGAGCUGGCCGGGAGCUGUUCAUGACAGACCGGGAACGGCUGGAGGAGGCUCGGCAGCGUGAGCUGCAGCGGCAGGAGCUCCUCAUGCAGAAGCGGCUGGCCAUGGAGUCCAACAAGAUCCUCCAGGAGCAGCAGGAGAUGGAGCGCCAGAGGAGAAAGGAUAUCGCCCAGAAGGCCGCUGAGGAGAAUGAGAGAUACCGGAAGGAGAUGGAGCAGAUCUCGGAGGAGGAAGAGAAGUUUAAGAAACAGUGGGAAGAAGACUGGGGCUCAAAGGAACAGCUCAUUCUGCCCAAGACCAUCACCGCAGAGGUGCACCCAGCGCCCCUUCGCAAGCCCAAGUCUUUUGGGUGGUUUUACCGUUACGAUGGCAAAUUCCCAACCAUCCGGAAGAAAGCAAAAGAGAAGAAGAAAGCCAAGUACGACAGCCUGCAGGACCUGAGGAAGAACAAGAAGGAGCUCGAGUUUGAGCGAAAGCUCUACAAAGAGAAGGAGGAGAUGCUGGAGAAGGAGAAGCAGCUGAAGAUCAACCGGUUGGCCCAGGAGGUGUCUGAGACUGAGCGGGAAGACCUUGAGGAAUCGGAAAAGACUCAGUAUUGGGUGGAGAGGCUCUGUCAGACUCGCCUCGAGCAGAUUUCCUCUGCCGAGAAUGAGAUCACUGAGAUGACCACAGGGCCCCCACCUCCCCCACCUUCUGUGUCUCCUCUGGCUCCUCCCUUGAGACGAUUCGCUGGUGGGAUCCACCUCCACACCACCGACCUGGAUGACAUCCCCCUGGAUAUGUUCUACUAUCCCCCCAAGACCCCCUCAGCACUGCCUGUGAUGCCCCACCCUCCACCACCCAUCAACCCACCUUCCAAGGUCCCCGCCCCUCCUGUACUUCCCUCACCAGGCCACGUGAGCAGUUCAUCCUCACCAUGGGUGCAACGCACUCCACCCCCAAUUCCCAUUCCUCCCCCUCCGUCUAUUCCCACCCAAGACCUCACUCCUACCCGCCCACUGCCCUCAGCACUGGAAGAGGCCCUGGGCAACCACCCCUUCCGCACCGGGGACCCAGGCCAUCCAGCAGAUGACUGGGAGGCAAACGCCCACAGUGGGAAGCCCUCCAGCUCCCCCACCACUGAGCGGAGCUUCCCACCCGCCCCGAAGACAUUUUGCCCAAGCCCACAGCCUCCACGAGGCCCUGGCGUGUCCACCAUCUCCAAGCCCGUCAUGGUCCACCAGGAACAUAACUUCGUCUACAGGCCAGCUGUGAAGUCCGAGGUCCUGCCGCAGGAGAUGCUGAAGAGGAUGGUGGUGUAUCAGACAGCAUUCAGACAAGAUUUCCGAAAAUAUGAAGAAGGCUUUGACCCCUACUCCAUGUUCUCACCAGAGCAGAUCGCAGGGAAAGACGUGCGGCUUCUGAGAAUCAAGAAGGAGGGGUCUUUAGACUUGGCCCUGGAGGGCGGAGUGGACUCCCCCGUGGGGAAGGUGGUCGUCUCUGCAGUUUAUGAAGGGGGAGCUGCGGAGCGGCACGGUGGCGUUGUGAAAGGGGAUGAGAUCAUGGCCAUCAAUGGCAAGAUUGUGACGGACUACACCCUGGCUGAGGCUGAGGCGGCCCUGCAGAAGGCCUGGAAUCAGGGCGGGGACUGGAUAGACCUUGUGGUUGCCGUCUGUCCUCCCAAGGAAUACGACGAUGAACUCUCUUCUCUUCCCUCCUCUGCAGCCGAAAGCCCCCAGCCGGCCCGAAGGCAGCUCGAAGCCUAUGAGCCCGUGUGUAGACACGGGUUCCUCCUGCAGCUGGAGCCCACGAACCUUCUUUUAAAGUCCAGAGAGAAAAGCCAGCCAGACCCAUCCCGGAAGUUAGCAAGCUCUGCACCCAGCCCCUGAACUCAACCUGAGUGAUGCCAGUCACGGUAGAAAGGCUCCCUGGAAACUGCCCCCAUCAAGCCCUGUGACCUGGCCCCUCCUCUGAAGGCCAGCAAGAGGCGGAGCAGGGACCCGCUGCUGUUCUGGAGUGCUCUGUGGGACUCCAGCUCCCAUUUCUUCCAGUUCUGCUAAGUCGGCCCUCCCUGCUCUACAUAGUCCUUUCUUGAGACCUCAGGGCGCCCAGGUCCUACAUCUGUCUAUCGCCCCCCAUCCCCCUUCCUGUUCUAAUCCCUGCUGAAAACCUGGCGGUGACCUCACUAAUAAACAAGCCUGACUCCUU